AUGGUAGUUGAAGCGUUGAGUCGUAGGGUUCAGUCAGACUUGAGAGCUAUGCUCACUCAUUUAAGCUUGUUAGAUGAUGGUAGCUUGUUAGCAGAGCUUCAAGUAAAACCGGUGUGGGUUGAGCAGAUAAGGAGUAAGCAGUUAAUAGAUGAGACCUUAGGUGCUCGUUUUAGACAGUGGAGAGAAGCACAUAAUGGUUUCUAUGCUAUGCAUCCUGGCGAAAACAAGAUGUAUCGGAAUUUGUGUGAGCUUUAUUGGUGGCCUAGACUUAAGCGCGAGGUUAUGGAGUUUGUAUGUAAGUGUUCGGUCUGUCAAAAGGUGAAGGCGAAACAUCAGUUGCCUUUAGGAUUGCUUCAGCCAGUGAAGAUUCCACUCUGGAAGGACCCAAGUUUCACUUCGCAAUUUUGGAAGAAGCUGCAUGAGGCAUUGGGUACUAGGUUAAACUUCAAAUUGGGCGAACAAAGAGUUUUGGGCCCUGAGUUAGCAGCAGAUACUGAGGAUAAGGUGAAAUUGAUUCGAGAUCGUUUAAAGGAGGCCUUGGAUAGGCAGAAGUCGUAUGCUGACCUUAAACGACGAGAGAUAGAGUAUGCAGUGGGAGACUUAGUUUUUCUUAGGUCUCUCUGUGGAAGAAGGUAUUAA